UGGCUUGUGAGGGCGAGGGGCAGUUGGCAACACUGUAAGUGCAGGAUCACCUGUCCUGACGGUUGAUGAAGACUUGCAUGGCAUUUUGCCACUCAAAAAUGUAACCCAAAUCUCAAAUUACGAUGAAAGCCAUGGUGGUGUGAGUGUUGUGCACCCGUGUAAGAGUGAUGUGACAGUGGGCAGAUAAAUACAAGUGUAUAAUAAGGCCGGAGGUCCUACAGGCAGGCAUGGAUAUGGCCCAUUGCCUACCAUGUUGAGCAGUAAACAAUACAAGUUAUUUCAAUGUCUACAUCAUAAAUAGAAUGAAAAAAAUGUUUCCCGCGACAUCCAACACAGACUCGCAAGUAUACAAUUUCGACAGCGAGGAGAACUCUCAGAAAUGGAAGCGUUUGUUCCUUAGUUCCCUUCAGAAGGUGCUGAAGCAGGUUCAUCCAACAUUAGCAGCCAAAGAUGAUGCACUUGAAUAUGUGGAGAGUCUCAUCCUGCGGUUGUUGGCUAUGUUGUGUGCACGUCCUGCCCCUCACACUGUCCAGGAUGUUGAGGAAAGAGUACAGCGAACAUUUCCAAACCCAAUUGAUCGCUGGGCAAUUGGGGAUGCUCAAGCAGCAAUUGAGAAGGGGCGCAAAAAGUCACCCCUUGUCUUACCUGCAGAGAAAGCCCACCCUUUAUUACGAGAUGUUCUCCAGACAAAGAUCGAUUAUCAAGUAACACUGUAUAUAGUUGCAGUUUUAGAAUAUAUCUCUGCUGAUAUAUUAAAGCUUGCUGGGAAUUAUGUUAAGAACAUUCGACACAUCGAGGUGACCCAACAAGACAUCAGAGUAGCCAUGUGUGCUGACAAGGUGCUUAUGGACAUGUUCCAACAAGACGAAGAUGGGGAGAUGAGUGGAGUAGUUGAAGACACUAAUCUGGACACGUCCAUCACUUAUGAUGAACUUGUCAAAGACCUCAUACAAGAAAAGAAGACCUAUAUUAGAGAACUCAAUAUGAUUAUUAAGGUGUUUCGAGACAAACUACAACAAAUUCCAUCAUUACAAGACAGUGGGCAUAGAGAACUUGAGAUUAUCUUCUCCAACAUCACAGAGAUUUAUGACUUUUCUGUCAAUUUCCUAGGGUCUCUGGAAGACACAAUGGAAGUGACAGAAGAAAAUGAGUCUCCAGUCAUUGGAAUCUGUUUUGAAGAAUUGGCAGAGGGUGCUGAGUUUGAUGUGUAUGGAAAGUACGCUAGUGAUGUUUUACGUUCCGAAUGUGCUGAAACAUUAAUGGAGGUAGUGAGUCGACCGGAUGUGAGUGAUGCCCUCACUAGUGCCGGACAUGGGUUUAAAGAGGCUGUCAAGUACUACCUGCCUAAGCUGUUGCUUGUACCUGUUUAUCACGUUUUCACCUACUUUAAAGAUAUAGAGAUGUUGUUGAGUAAUACGGAAUCUGAAGAAGGACGGGAGAGCCUUGAGCAGGUCAAGGGGCUCUUGUGGCCACUUCAGAGUCAGCUAGAACGCAACAUACAGAACUCUGCAUACGCUCCGUACCUCAAAAGAAAAAUAGGAGAAAUAAAUUCACGCCAUAGACGGCAAAGUAGACAACAAACCUUAUUAAAGAUGAAAGAACUACAACGGUCUAUAGAUGGCUGGGAAGGCAAAGUCAUUACUCAGUGCUGCAAUGAAUUUGUUUUAGAGGGAGACUUGUUAAAACUGGGUGCCACAGGGAAGAAGCUGACUGAACGUCAUGUGUUCCUCUUUGAUGGUUUAAUAGUUCUUUGUAAGAGCAAUAACAGAAGAUCAUCAGUCACUGGCCAGAUCGGAGAAUACAGAUUUAAGGAAAAAUUUCUAAUGAGGAUGGUAGAGAUUUUGGACCGAGAAGAUACUGAAGAGGUGAAACACUCAUUUGAGAUUCGGCCAAGGGACCAGCCUAGUGUAGUGCUACUUGCCAAGUCAGCGGAAGAAAAGAAUACCUGGAUGGCUGCUCUCGUUAUGCUCAACACUCGCAGUAUGUUAGAACGAAUUUUAGACAGUAUAUUAUUAGAUGAAGAGAAACAGCAUCCCUUGAGACUUCCAGACCCUUCAGUAUACCAGUUUGCCAUCCAAGACUCAGAGUCAAAUAUUAUUAUUGAAGAAAAAGAAAACUCAGGGACUCCACUUAUAAAGGGAGCAACUCUGCCGAAACUGGUCGAGCGGUUAACAUACCACAUGUAUGCAGAUCCCAUGUUCGUACGCACAUUUCUUACAACCUAUCGAAGUUUUUGCACGCCAAUGGAAUUGCUAGAACUCUUGAUACAACGCUUUGACAUCCCUGAACCUGUACUUCCACCUGUAAGUGAAGAAGAAACGCAAGAGGUGAAAAAUCAGCAAACGUCUAUACACAGAGAGAUUCUUAAACGCUUUCGCAAGGAAUACUCACAGCCAGUUCAGUUUAGGUUCCUUUACAGUCCUGCUUUCUGCCUUAAUCUUAAUCCUUUCAAUAAUAACUCUGCCUGUAAUGAAGAGCAGAGAGAAAUCACCUUCAGUUUAAACCGGUCACCCCCGUCUCCGAAGUGGCACAUCAAAUUAGAUGAAAAGGACUGGGAGGCUAUACUUCCCAUUAAUUCCGGGGGAACUUCGACAACUCCUGACCUUGUGAGACCCCUGCUCAUGCUUCACCCUAUAGAAAUUGCUCGUCAGCUAACGUUGCUUGAGUUUGAAUUGUACAGAGCAGUGAAGCCAUCUGAAUUAGUGGGGACGCCAUGGACCAAAGAAGACAAAGAAAAACGCUCGCCAAAUUUGCUCAAACUGAUCUACCACACAAACUAUGUGACACGAUGGUUCAUGCGAUGUAUCGUGGACUCUGACAACUUUGAAGAGCGUGUGGCUGUGAUGAUGAGGGUUGUGGAGAUUAUGGUUAUGUUUCAUGACCUCAACAACUUUAGCGGAAUUUUUGAAGUGUCCAGUGCCCUAGGGUCAGCAGCUGUACACAGACUAGAGCAUACCAAAAUGGAGGUUAGGAAACGUCUUCCACCAGGUCAACUAAAAGUGUUUGAAGAAGCAUCUGAACUAAGUGAAAACCAUUGUAAAAAAUAUCAAGAAAAACUUCGUUCCAUCAAUCCUCCUUGUGUACCAUUCUUUGGGAUGUACCUGACCAACAUCUUGCUCAUUGAGGAGGGUAACCCAGACUUUCUUCCUCGGGCUGCAGAAGGUCUUAUAAAUUUCUCCAAGAGGCGAAAAGUUGCGGAGAUCACAGGGGAAAUUCAACAGUACCAAAAUCAACCAUAUUGUUUAGAAGUGGAGCAACGCAUUAGACACUUCUUGGAGACGCUACAGCCCUUCGAGACCGAGAACGAGAAUGAGAUAGCCAACUACCUCUAUAACAGGUCCAAGGAAAUCGAGCCCAAGAGCUGCAAAAAGCCACCUAGCAAGGAUCGCAAGUGGCCUAAUAAUUACCUCAAGUCCCCAGGCAUCAAGCCCCGUAAUAAGGGAAUGGUGCCUAACCCUCUGCCAGCAAUAUUCCAGCAGUCUGAGAGAGGGCCAAAGCUUGUGGAGGGGGCUGAUGGAGAUGACACACCACACUUAUUGACACCUCCAACCCCCACCACUCCUUGCACUCCACCUCCACCACAAUCACAUCCACCUCACACAGCUGUUGACAAUGCCAUCUUUGCACCAGUAGAGAUUGGCACAGGCAAUGUGUUAACAGGUGCAAAUGAAUUCCGAGGAAUCAUAAGUGGGUUUCCUAGCAAUUUCCUGCCACCUCAAGCCCCACCACCACCACCUGCAUCUCCGCAAGCUUUGCCACCCCCUUUACCACCACGAGUACGCAAGAGAGAACCAUCUAUUGGAGAUACUUCACCAAAGGUGAAGCAGGCGCCAGAUGCUCCUGAGUUACCUCCACGGGAUGUUUCCCCACCCCCAAUUCCACCACGCACAGCCACUCUGCCACGCAUGCAUUCUUCUGGAGGGCUACAACAUAAUCCCACACAUCAUCAUCAUGCACCAGUAGGACAUUCUUUACAUUCUAUCAGUAAUCUUCACCAUCCACACACUCACCACCAUUAUACCCAUCAUCACCGGCCAACCCUUUCAUCUUUAUUAGCACCUCCACCACCACCUCAGCAGUAUCAGUUGGACCCACCUCCACAUCGUCGCACCAACUCAGUGGACUUGUCAUCACCUACUCCCCUUGCUCGAAGGCACACCAAUGGACCUCAAACAGGGCUACCAGGAAGUAGUAUUAACGAUACUGCGAAUGACUCCAGUGACCACCCGCCCACACCCCCACCAAGGCUCUCCUACCGUCAGACAUUCUCUUUUCCCUAUGAUCAGCACCACUCUUAGACCCAGCCCUCUUACUUAGGUUUCCUCAGCCAUGUAGUAAUGUUACCUGGCCACUAAGGAGCCCUUAUGUAUCAGCUUUGUUAUGGCUGCAUGAUAUCUUGGUAUUUUUCAUUGUUAUUUUUAUACAUACGUAAUUGCUUACCCAUUUUACUGAACCAUUUAAAAGUUACAGCAAAAACGUCUAAAAUACAAAAAGAAAUUAAUUUACAACUGCCAAAGAAAGUUUUGCUACCUUAGAGCUCUGUGCUUUGUGCCCAGUGUUUCUAUAACUGCAAGGGGAAUUUCCUUUAUUUCACAAUCUUAUAUCCAAUGAAAUAACCUUUAGGAUUUCUGUGGGGGUUUGUAACUCUCAAGCUCAGGAGUAAAUCUUGCAGGAUGAAAGUAGCCGCUCGUAUAGAUGAGGCAAGGCUGUGAAUCGUGUAAAGACAAUUUUGUAUAACAUAAAUUUUAUCUUUUACCUGUUACACCCAUUUAUGGCUUUGUUUUGAAGGAGAAACAGCAAAUACCUUGAUUGAAAAGCAUAAUUUAAUUGGUAUUUACAAAUAGAAGGAAUAUAUGCUGUGUGGGAGCGCACACAUACGGUGGGAGACAGCCAACUUGUUGAAAAAAAAAUAUAUAUAUAUAUAUAUAUAUAUUAUAUUUUUUUUUUUCCCAACAAGUCGGCCGUCUCCCACCGAGGCAGGGUGACCCCAAAAAGAAAAUACUUUCAUCAUCAUUCAACACUUUCACACACUCACACAUUAUCACUGCUUU